AUGUGCUUCAUCCUCUUCCGCCUCCUAAAAACCGGCCUUGCAGGUCUCGGAGCGGCCUCAGUCGUGAAUUCGGCAAGAGAAAAUAACAACGGGAAUCGACCUCAAGAUUAUCCAAUGCCUGGAUACCCGCCUCAAGGAUACCCAGCGCAGGGCUAUCAUCCGCCACCGGGGCCGACGUAUCAGUAG